UUACCUGUGGCCGCCCAAGUCCGCCACUUUGUGCUCUGUGGCUGCCCACUGCCACGAUCCGGGAGGACUCCGCGCCGCCCGGCCGCCUCCGAGCUCGGGCCCCAUGUGAGGGGGCCCCCCCUUAUCCCACCUUUCCGGCUAGGUGAGGGCGCGAGCGGGCGAGCGAGCGAGAUUGGUGAGGGGGGACGGAAAAGCAGAAUUACCUGUAGCUCUUGUUCUGCCAUCUCGGGCUCUCACACACCUUCACCUGCACAGACUUGAAAGUCCAGUUUCACCAGAGGCUGAGGCUCCAGGAAAAGGGGAGCGAGUUCAUUGGAUCAAACAUGUCACAAGAGUCGGACAAUAAUAAACGACUGGUGGCCUUAGUGCCCAUGCCCAGUGACCCUCCAUUUAAUACCCGAAGAGCCUACACCAGUGAGGAUGAAGCCUGGAAGUCGUAUUUGGAGAACCCCCUGACGGCGGCCACCAAGGCGAUGAUGAGUAUCAACGGUGAUGAGGACAGUGCUGCCGCCCUUGGCCUGCUGUAUGACUAUUACAAGGUUCCUCGAGACAAGAGGCUGCUGUCUGUAAGCAAAGCAAGUGACAGCCAAGAAGACCAGGAUAAAAGAAACUGUCUUGGCACCAGUGGAGCCCAGAGUAGUUUGAGUGGAGGAGAAAACCGAGUGCAGGUCCUAAAGACUGUUCCAGUGAACCUUUCCCUAAAUCAAGACCACCUGGAGAAUUCAAAACGGGAACAGUAUAGCACGAACGUCUCUGAGAGCCCAGCCGUCAUCCCCAUGGCGGGAAUCACAGUGGUGAAGGCCGAAGAUUUCACACCGGUUUUCACGGCCCCACCUGUGCACUAUCCCCGGGGAGAUGGUGAAGAGCAACGCGUGGUUAUCUUUGAACAGACUCAGUAUGGUGUGCCGUCCGUGGCCAGCCAUAGCACCUACCUCAAGGAUGAUCAGCGCAGCACCCCGGACAGUACUUACAGCGAGAGCUUCAAAGACGGAAACACAGAGAAAUUCCGGAGUGCUUCAGUUGGGGCUGAGGAGUACAUGUACGACCAGACAUCAAGUGGCACAUUUCAGUACACCCUGGAAGCCACCAAAUCUCUCCGUCAGAAGCAGGGGGAGGGCCCCAUGACCUACCUCAACAAGGGACAGUUCUAUGCCAUCACGCUCAGCGAGACGGGGGACAACAAGUGCUUCCGACACCCCAUCAGCAAAGUCAGGAGCGUGGUAAUGGUGGUCUUCAGUGAAGACAAAAACCGGGACGAGCAGCUGAAAUACUGGAAGUACUGGCACUCUCGACAGCACACGGCCAAGCAGAGGGUCCUCGACAUCGCUGAUUACAAGGAGAGCUUUAAUACGAUUGGCAACAUUGAAGAGAUUGCGUAUAACGCUGUCUCCUUCACCUGGGACGUGAAUGAAGAAGCUAAGGAAGCACAGCAUGAAAAAAUUCGAAGCAAGGAUGACAGUUAUUAUUCGAGAAAAUGGAGGUUGCAGAAGGUACACAGUGGCUCCCUGCUUUACGUUUGCAACUUAAGAAAUACAAUUUUCAUCACUGUGAAUUGCCUGAGUACAGAUUUCUCCUCCCAAAAAGGAGUGAAAGGACUUCCUUUGAUGAUUCAGAUUGAUACAUACAGUUAUAAUAAUCGUAGCAAUAAACCCAUUCAUAGAGCUUAUUGCCAGAUCAAGGUCUUCUGCGACAAAGGAGCAGAAAGAAAAAUCCGAGACGAAGAGAGGAAGCAGAACAGGAAGAAGGGGAAAGGCCAGGCCUCCCAAACCCAGUGCAACAACUCCUCUGAUGGGAAGUUGGCGGCGAUACCGUUACAGAAGAAGAGCGACAUCACCUACUUCAAGACGAUGCCUGAUCUGCACUCCCAGCCCGUCCUCUUCAUACCCGAUGUUCACUUUGCAAACCUGCAGAGGACAGGACAGGUGUAUUACAACACGGAUGAUGAACGAGAAGGCAGUGUCCUUGUGAAACGGAUGUUCAGGCCCAUGGAAGAGGAGUUUGGUCCAGCACCUUCUAAGCAGAUGAAGGAAGAAGGGAUGAAGCGAGUGCUUUUGUACGUGAGGAAGGAGACAGACGAUGUGUUUGACGCCUUGAUGUUGAAAUCCCCCACCGUGAGGGGCCUGAUGGAAGCGAUAUCUGAGAAAUACGGGCUGCCCGUGGAAAAGAUAACAAAGCUUUACAAGAAAAGCAAAAAAGGCAUCCUGGUGAACAUGGACGACAACAUCAUCGAGCACUACUCGAAUGAGGACACCUUCAUCCUCAACAUGGAGAGCACGGUGGAGGGCUUCAAGAUCACGCUCAUGGAGAUCUGAGCCCUGCUCCGGGCAGCAGCCCUCAGGGCCUUUCUCCCCGGGGCAGCCGGAAGCCCGGGCCCUGCAGACCCACCCAGCCCAUCUCACAACUGCUGUUACACGACCGACCGCGCUGGGGAGCGGGCCGAGGCCCGAAGCCCCGUGUUUGUUUGGUCCGCCCGCCGGCUCCUGCCAUGGAGCCGCAGCCCAAGCACCUCGGGAAAGGGUCUUGCGCCUGUUGGAUCCUUAUUUAUUGUCCACCUUUCUCUGGAGCCCAGGGCCCAGGCCCGCCAGGGCUCUGCAGGUCACUGCUGGCUCCAGGGGCCACCGUCCAGAGCCCUCCCCUUCAAUCCAUUCAUCCCGAAGGGCCUGAGGAUGCUCGCCCCUGCUGUCUCACCUCCUUACGUCUCCUGAGUGGACGGACAGAACGAGCCAUUUCCUUCAUCAGAGGUCGGGGGAGAGGCGGACGCCCCUUCCUGGUGAGAAACCUUCAGGCUGCUCGGGGACGGUCAUCUCGCCGAUACCCCCAGGGGUUCCCGGUGAGUGGCCAGCAGGCCGUGUACAGGAAGACAUUCAGCCACUGUGUAAUUAGUAAGUAACCUAGAAGGUGUGCCUGGCUACCCGUGUACAUAGUGUUUAUAAUAUGGCAAUAAUAUAUUCUACCUGUGCUAUGUGGGCAUGUUUACUGCCACUGGCCGGGGGAGGCACAUACCUGGAGACCCUGCUUUCUCCAAGAGGCUUCUUCGGGGUGUCAGGUGACUGCGGUGGGCGCCGAGACAGCUACUCCCGUGGGCACGCGCGGGGCCUCGGUCCCUGUCCGCAGAGGGCGCCCUGUUCCCUUUCCACGGGCACUGCUCGCCCCGGAGGCCACUGAGUUUAUCUCACGGCGAUGCGCUUUGCCUGGCCCUCCCUCUGAGCUGUCUCGUGGCAAAGGUGAGAUUGUCUGAGGCCCCAGCUCCUCCUGCUUUGGUGUCGGCACCGCCUGAACUUUCUGGAGAGACCGCAGCGGGGUUGCCACUAGGGCCCCGUCUCUUGGGCCCGCUGCAGAACUCCUUGGCUAUCGUGAGGAUCCUGGCCACUGCGAGUGCCUCGCAGUUUACAAGCACGUCCUUCAUCACAAGCGGGCCCCUUAAAGCCCAACUGCGGUCCCGAGAGCGAGGCUGACAGUUCAGCUCUGGGUCUCCAGGCCACGGCUGCCUCCCGGGGCUCAGCCGGCACGGGAGAGGCCGGCUCCGCCGCCUCUGCUCCCGGAUGCUGGAUGUGGAGGGAGCAAGCGAGGAUGCCCCGAGAACCCUGGCUCUUCGGAAAGCAGCGUCCAGAGGAAGACGGAGAGGCGGUUUGCCCUUCUGCUGGCUGCCCUAGCAGAUGAAAAGAAACGCUUCCCCAAGCGAUCACGAUGUCAUGGACCGGCCAGGCCACAGCUCUCCUUGAGGGGACAGGAACGUGGUCUAGGGGUCUGUGUUCACCUUUGUGGGUUGAAGCGCUAGCUUUCUACUAGCGAGCACACCCUCCACCCAAGGUCCCAGGUCUAGGACAGGUUCACUGUAAGGACCCAUUUGUUGGUAAAGCACUUUGAUGUCUUACCUGGGGGCUUUCUCUUCAAGGGCUCCCUGCCCUCCCACCCCAUUGCCCCUGAGGCCCAGAGCUGGACGGAAGGGCUGCCUCCAGUCCAGCUGUUUGUCCUGGAGGCUGCAGAGGACUUGAAUGGAAUGGUGGGCAGGUGCAGAGCCUAGGAAGAUCUCUGGGUGUGGUGAGCAGGCACCUUUCCGUGUCUUCUGGACACAUCACCCCUCUCCGUGGUGCCAAAGGUUACAUCCUGGAUUCACCUCUGCUCCCGUCUGUCGCCGCCUCCUCCACUCUGUGACUGCCAUGCCCUGGACCGGCAUCUUGGGGACCCUCCUGGGUACUAAUGGGGCUCACUGUUGGGAGUGCAUGAGGUACAGUGCGCCUCCCAUGCUCCUUGCCUGAGGGCUGGUUCCAGACGUGAUCGGCAGAUGUAAUGGCGAAUACUCCUGGGCCGGGGCACAGCACUCCAGAAUAGGAAAAAGAGAAAAUCUUUGGCAAUCUGACACGGGUUACCAAGCCUUCUCUCUCCAGCCUCUGUGGAAAAAAAUGUUGGCUAAUCCUGCCCUAGGCAGAAGAUAAAUCAAAGAGGCUUUUGCCUUUGUCCCAGGUCCCUGGGCAAUGAUCGCGGUGACCACUGCCAGAACAAAGCCUAUGAGGUCAGUGCCAGCAAAGGGUGGUGCAGAGUGUCCUCUCAUUUGAUCUGUCCCCAUCUUACCGUGUCCCCUCUGCGUCCUUGGUGUGCCCAUGGCUUAGCUUCGAUGUGGCCUUCACUAUGUAUAUGAGCAGAGCUUUGAUGAGCAAAAUUGUCCAAGAAACACACUCCAGAGAGAUAGGAAAACUUGCCUCCUCUUCUUUUUUUGUCCCUUGAUAAAUAAGCUUUAAAGAAAAAAUUCACGUAAGACGAGGGACAUGUGAAACAAGUGUUUUUCUUAUACUUACCCAAAUUGCUUAGACUUUAUGGGUGUUUAGGAAUUGGGUCCAACAGAAAAAUGCAGUCGGGUAUCAUCUUGGAAUUGGAUCCUAAAAGACUAAGGCACGUCCCUGCCCAGAAACUUAAGAAGCAUGAACUGAAUCAAACAUUUAUUUUCCUUCUUAUUUAAAAUUACGCAAAUGCAACAGAAGCAGAGGGCUUGUGCCAAAUUCUAAAAACAGCCCUUUCUUAAAGACAAGCAAGGAAGACUGCUAGAUGGACAAUUUGCUCUCGUGUUUAAAAAAAAAAAAAAAAGGCAAAUGUAACUUAAUAGUUUUGUAAAUGGGAGAGGGGGAAUCUAUAAACUAUAAAUACAGUUAUUUUAUUUUUUGUACAUUUUUAAGAAGAAAAAAAUAAAUAUUCCUAACAACUCAAA